AGUUUCCUUUAGCAACAGCCCUACCCUAUAAGGAAGUAAGGCCUGGCCUGCUGAGGAACCACCGUCUGCCUUCCGUAUGAGCGCUUCAGCUGUGGAGGGACAAUCCUUAAUGCUACUGCUAGGAGCCCUCUGUCUGGAAGCACCGACACAGGAGUAGAUUACAUCCUUAGCUAGGAGAAGCUAUGCCUGUUUACAACAUUCAGAAGAUUUGUGGAAGAUCUACCAAUUGAGAACAAUCAACCACCAAACUCCCUAACAAAAAUGAGUCAAAACCAGGAGUUGUGCAUCUAACCACUGUUUCUGGAGUAUUGUUAUUCUCAGAGGAAAAUGGCGAACAAAGAACCUGAGACAAACGUACGAGAACGGAAGAAUCUCAUGCAGGAAGGAGAUAAAAAAGCAGAAAGGCAGACAUCAGGUUGCGGUCAAGCAACAAACAAAAUCCGGACAUUACUAGAAAAUAUAACAUUGGUAAAAUUCAUCGCUUUACUGUACCGAGUUGUUAUCCUCUUCCUGCUUGUCGCCAUUGGUGUUGCAGUUGCAAUAGCAGCAGAACAAAUUCAGCAGCUGGCCCAAUACAUGGCUUCCCCAGCAAUCUGUGGUCCACCGUGCCCACGUUACUGGAUUGGAUAUGAAGGGAAGUGCUACUACUUUUCAAAGGAAAAAAGGAACUGGAUGUACAGCCAGAAAUUCUGCUCUUUACACAAUGCCUCACUGGCUAAGAUUGAACCUGAGGAAAUGAAUUUUGUGAUGCGUCUGAAAGGCAAAGACAUUUAUUGGAUUGGCCUCAGGAGGAACCCAGGUCAGCCCUGGAAAUGGACAAAUGGAGUAAAUUCAACGCUGGAGGUGAUGGGAGAUGGGGGAGAUUGUGCUUUUCUGAGUGAUGAAACCACUGCAAUAUCCUCAAGGUGCCGGAUGGAACUACUCUGGAUCUGCAGAAAAUCGGAUAUAUUGCAAUGCUCAAAUGAACCGUGCAAGAGCAAGAAGGCUUGAGGUCAUUCUGAAGACAGCAGACAAAUCCUCACUAAAGAGCUUUACUUCUUUAAAACUGUUGAAAAGAUGGUCAGAGGGUAUGAUGUCUGAGGGUAUGAAAAGGAGGCA